GCGGUGUCCAGCGAGGAGAUAGGCUUCUUCCACCUUGGCACGCAGCAAGGCGGGUCAGGGAAGCCUAGCAAGCCCGGUUGGGUUGCUCUCAGGAGUCUCUUUGGCACCGCAGGCAGGCUGAGGAGCUGGGAGAUUCGUGGCUUGUGGAAGGGGAAAAAGCGGGGCCGAGGAGAACGUUGCUUUGCCUUUGCCCUGACUGGGGCAACGCCGUGGAGGGUGUCGGCAAGGGAAGAUGUGGAAAGCAACUGCAGGUCAUAACAUCUCUGUCAGCCAGGAUGAUGGGGCUGAUGACUGGGAGACAGACCCUGACUUUGUGAACGAUGUGAGUGAAAAAGAACAGCGUUGGGGUGCUAAAACAGUGCAAGGAUCUGGUCAUCAAGAACACAUCAACAUUCAUCAGUUGAGAGAGAAUGUAUUCCAAGAGCAUCAGACCCUCAAGGAAAAAGAACUUCAGUCAGGACCAAAAGCUUCCCAUGGCUAUGGUGGGAAAUUUGGUGUGGAACAAGACCGAAUGGACAAGUCAGCUGUUGGUCAUGAAUAUCAAUCCAAGCUUUCUAAGCACUGUUCCCAAGUGGACUCGGUUAAAGGUUUUGGCGGGAAGUUUGGUGUGCAAGUCGAUAGGGUUGACCAGUCUGCUGUGGGAUUUGAAUACCAGGGGAAAACUGAGAAACAUGCUUCUCAGAAAGACUAUGCAAGUGGAUUUGGUGGUAAAUUUGGAGUACAGGCUGACAGAGUAGACAAGAGUGCAAUGGGAUUUGAUUACCAAGGAAAAACCGAGAAGCAUGAAUCACAGAAAGAUUAUUCCAAAGGUUUUGGUGGUAAAUAUGGUGUUGACAAGGACAAAGUGGACAAAAGUGCUGUUGGCUUUGAGUACCAAGGCAAAACCGAAAAACAUGAAUCACAGAAAGACUACACAAGAGGUUUUGGUGGAAAGUUUGGGGUACAGACAGACAGACAGGACAAAUGUGCACUCGGCUGGGAUCAUCAGGAGAAAGUACAGCUGCAUGAGUCUCAGAAAGACUAUAAGAGUGGUUUCGGUGGGAAAUUCGGUAUUCAAACAGAGAGGCAGGACCCAUCUGCUGUGGGGUUUGACUACAAGGAGAAACUAGCGAAGCACGAGUCACAACAAGAUUAUUCUAAAGGAUUUGGUGGAAAGUAUGGUGUGCAGAAAGAUCGAAUGGAUAAGAAUGCGUCCUCUUUUGAAGAUAUUGAGAAAUUGUCAUCAACUUAUCAGAAAACCAAGCCGGUAGAAGCUGUGAAUUCUAAAACAAGCAACAUCAGAGCUAACUUUGAAAAUCUAGCUAAAGAAAAGGAACAGGAAGACAGAAAGAAGGCAGAAACUGAAAGAGCUCAGAGAAUGGCCCAAGAGAAGCAAGAACAAGAAGAAGCCAGAAAGAAACUAGAAGAACAAGCCAAAGCUAAGAAACAAACUCCUCCUCCAUCUCCCACCCCACAGCCAGUGGAAGAGAAACUGCCUUCAAGCCCAGUCUAUGAAGAUGCUGUUUCCUUUGAUUCCGGCUACAAGAACUCAAAUGCAAACUACCCUGCAGUGCAUGAGUCAGAAAGCAAUGGCAAAGCUGAAGAGCCCGACUACCAAGAAGCCAUCAGUCAGCAGGAACAAGAGCCUGAGUCUGAGACGGUUUAUGAAGUGGCUGGGGCACAAAGCCAGUAUCCUGCAGAUGAAAAUACUUAUGAGUAUGAAAAUGACCUUGGGAUCACAGCUAUAGCCCUAUAUGAUUAUCAAGCUGCUGGUGAUGAUGAGAUCUCCUUUGAUCCUGAUGACAUUAUCACAAACAUAGAAAUGAUUGAUGAUGGCUGGUGGAGAGGAGUGUGCAAAGGCAGAUACGGGCUGUUCCCAGCAAAUUAUGUUGAACUGAGGCAAUAGGAAACCAUGUCUACCGUUUAUGCCUUAAUGCUGUGAUCAUUUGUCUAAUUUUUACACUACAAAUCAUGUUGCAUUGUGGGGAAGGGGAAAGGAUGGAGGGGUCUAUACAUAUUCCUUUUAUAUUUAAAAUACUUCUGCUGAUGCUUUUACAAAUGCUACAGCUCAGAAAUUGCUAAUAUAUUGCAACUUUUAUGUUCCCCAUCACAGUAUGUUGUUAUAGGUUUUAACGUGUUCCAAAAAAUGGGCCUUUUUCUUUCUUCUUUGCCAAAUCAGUGAUGGUCAUAAUUUUUUUUCAAGGAGUUUUAGCUCUUCCUGACAAUAAUGCACGUUUCAUUUGUAUCUGUAUAUGUACUGAAUUACAGAGUUAUUAUGUCCAGCUGCUCAUGUACUGAACACUGUUAGCUUUCCAGACCUUGGCUGUGCAUGUUAUAUCAUGUAUUCCAUAAAAGGAACAACAUUGGUAUACAGAAGGUAGGAAGAGGAUCUGAAAGUAGUAUCAGUGGCAAUUGUUCAAUAGGAAGGCUUUUUUAAAAAAAACAUUGUUAAUAGAAGGAGCCAGUGCAGAGUUCUUUAUUUUCUUGAGAACCAAGUACUCAGUCUAGUAGGAAGCUUUCUUGUGCCACUCACCCUUCACUUCAGCGGUCCUUGUGUGGGAGAACUUCUUGCAGGUUAUGCUGGAAGAAUUUACUGACUCUGUUUUCCCCUUUAGGAGAACUCCAUCUUAACAUAGUUUCCAAUUUGUGUCACACUUCCUCCCUUAUGCCCAGAGCAACAUCUAAGGCUUUCAUGUCCACUUUUAAGCAAGCCUGCUCCUUUUAUGAUACCUGAGAAGGUGGAUAUCUUUUCAGUGAGCCUUCUGUUUGCAUUUGGGCCUGUAUUUCUGCUCACAGAUAACGAAGUGUAUACAUACUUCAUUGUAGUAGCAGAUAUUGAGAUAUAGAUUUGUAUGAGGUUUUUUGGGGGGUGGGGGUGAGGGAGGCCUGCUGUGCACUCAAUUUGUUAUGAAGCCAAGUGUCACUCAAGGAGUGUUAAUAUACAAAUAGCUUGAAACCUUAGAGGUAAUUUGUAUUUCUAAGCUAUAUAUGGAAAACUACCAUGUUUUGUAUGUUCAGCUGAAACUGCCAGUAAUUAACUAUACAGUAAUGGUAUUUCUGCCUUUUGCCAAAUAUUAACCUGAAAUUCUUGCCACUUUUUCAAUGGAUUAAGUUAAAAUUUGGUACAUUUACUACAUUUAACCACAUAAGCAUCCCUACCAAAGACAGUACCUACAUAUAUACUUGGUGUCCUAGUUGUCUUUAUUUGAAAUGAGGAAUUCAGGGAGGAAUUGAUAAACAAAUAAAAAUCACAGUAAGGCCCAACAGAAUAUAGAAAAUAUUUGUAUAAUAUGGCAGUGUACAGUGUAACUAGAAUUAAGACUCCUGAGUGGGAGGGAUUGAUUGUCAGGGGUGGGAAUUGGUGGGUUGGGACAAUCUAAUAUGAAUGUCAUCUUUACCUUAUCUUUAUUUCUGAAAGGCUGCUUUCCGUCUCUCACUUUCAUGACUACCAUUACAUUGGGUUUUGCUGGGUUUUAUAUGCCGUUUUAUCCAUUCUUGCAUAGGAUAUCUCAUAGGAUACAUGAUUCCUUUUUUGUAAAUUAAGUAUUCAAAUAAACUUUUGGAACCAUUUGCA